UUCUAUUCAUUUAUUUUGGCAGAAAUAUUUUAAAGUAAAUUAGACAAAUCAUGACAUUUCAUACCCAAUACUUUAACAUGUAUCUCUAAAAACCAGUUUCUUACAAGGCCACAUAAUUUUAUUACGCCUAAUAAGGAGACGUAGCAGGGUAGUGUGAAGGAGGGGAAAUCGUGGCGAUGGGUUAGGUAUACACUUAGAACAAAAUGCAGACCCCACACGGAGGCCCUCCCGAGGCCCAACCGGACCUGACCUGGGCCCUGUUUGCUUCUCUGUCUUCACCUGCCAGCACUACCCGCAGCUACACUCCAGCCACACAGGACUUCUUUGAGUUCUUUCAGUGACCAAUCUCUUUCCUCGCCUCAGGGCCUUUGCACCGGCGGUUCCUUCCGCCGGACGUGUCGGGUUUCCUUUUUUUUGCAGGCUGGCGCCUUGUGAUUUCAGAGACUCUCCGCAACAGAACCAUCUCAAGUGGGUCUACCUCCUCGCCCUUUUUUGUUGUUGUUGCUUGGCUGCACUUCUGACCGGGCAGGCCGUGAUGAUGUUUGUUUAUGAGUUAAGUCUGACUGUUCGUUGGUGCUUAAGAUCCCCACCGGGUCCCUAGGGCCUGUGCGUACCGCGCACCUGUGCACGUCCUGCGCGCAGCUGCAGGCGACUCCGCUCUGGCUCGUCGCUGUUUCCUGCUGGGGGUGCCGACCCUGUCCCAGGCUAGCUGGGUGACUUCCGCCAACCGCAGAGACAGGGGCGACCCGGGGCCUCAGACCUGCCCCCGCAUCCCGCCGGCGCCAGGCAGUGGGAAGUCAGGUUCCUCCGCCACCUCCCAGCCAGGACUCUGCCGCCCUCCCUCAGGAUGCCUGAGGGCCCUGAGCUGCACCUGGCCAGCCAGUUUGUGAACGAGGCCUGCAGGGCUCUGGUGUUCGGCGGCUGCGUGGAGAAGUCCUCUGUCAGCCGCAACCCUGAAGUGCCCUUUGAGAGCAGUGCCUACCGCAUCUCAGCUUCAGCCCGCGGCAAGGAGCUGCGCCUGAUACUGAGCCCUCUGCCUGGGGCCCAGCCCCCACAGGAGCCGCUGGCCCUCGUCUUCCGCUUCGGCAUGUCCGGCUCUUUUCAGCUGGUGCCCCGCGAGGAGCUGCCACGCCAUGCGCACCUGCGCUUUUACACGGCCCCGUCUGGCCCCCGGCUCGCCCUAUGUUUCGUGGACAUCCGCCGGUUCGGCCGCUGGGAACUUGGGGGAAAGUGGCAGCCGGGCCGCGGGCCCUGUGUCUUGCAGGAGUACCAGCAGUUCAGGGAGAAUGUGCUACGAAACCUAGCAGACAAGGCCUUUGACCGGCCCAUCUGCGAGGCCCUCCUGGACCAGAGGUUCUUCAAUGGCAUUGGCAACUAUCUGCGGGCAGAGAUCCUGUACCGGCUGAAGAUCCCCCCCUUUGAGAAGGCCCGCUCAGUCCUGGAGGCCCUGCAGCAGCGCAGGCCGAGCCCGGAGCUGACCCUGAGCCAGAAGAUCAGGACCAAGCUGCAGAAUCCGGACCUGCUGGAGCUAUGUCACUCAGUACCCAAGGAAGUGGUCCAGUUGGGGGGCAAAGGCUACGGGUCAGAGAGCGGGGAGGAGGACUUUGCCGCCUUUCGAGCCUGGCUGCGCUGCUAUGGCAUGCCAGGCAUGAGCUCCCUGCAGGACCGGCAUGGCCGUACCAUCUGGUUCCAGGGCGCAAGUCCCGCAAAAAGAAAUCCAAGGCCACAGAGCCAAGUCCUGAGGACAGAGUGGAGGACCCUUCGCCUCCAAGCAAGGCCCCUUCCAGGACACGAAGGGCAAAGAGAGACCUUCCUAAGAGGACUGCAACCCAGCGGCCUGAGGGGACCAGCCUCCAGCAGGACCCAGAAGCUCCCACAGUGCCCAAGAAGGGGAGGAGGAAGGGGCGACAGGCAGCCUCUGGCCAUCGCAGACCCCGGAAGGUCAAGGCUGACACCCCAUCCUUGGAACCGGAGGAGACCUCAGCCUCUUAGCAGGAGGGUCUCCCUGCCUGCACUCACCCUUUCUUAUUGUCUUGCCCUGAAUCUGGGGGGUCUGAAUUCUUGGGAGCAGGCAAUAUCUGAAGGUGCAAACAGGCCCUACAGCUGUUCCCUACACAACUCUCAUGUUUUUAAUUGUACCCCAUCUUCCACAUCUUUAAAGCUCAUGUGAAAAAUGCUGCAUUUUUAAUAAACUGAUAAAUUUGAA